AUGUUGUUCAAAGCGUCCAGAGCAGUUCCAUCCAUGUCUUGGGUCUCGUGGCUCUUCACUUUGUGGUCCUGCUCUGCUCCAUCUGUCCUCCUAGUGGGGCUUCUGGGCAGACAGCUGGGGCUCCAGGUGGGGCUGCAGGUGGUUGACACUGUGACUUGUUCUCAGUGGGGCGCACCAAGCGAUAAAGGUUUAUUCGAGGAUGGGGAUGUAAUCAUCGGUGGGCUCUUCAAUCUUCGUUACAGGCCUCCGGCUAUAGACCAAGAAUUCACUCAGCAGCCAGACUACAAACCCUGCACUGGUUUGCAAAAUCUUCCACUACAGUACAUCUAUGCUAUGGUGUUUGCACUGGAGGAAAUCAAUCAUAGUACAACCUUGCUACCAGGUGUAAAGCUGGGAUACCAUAUUCGUGAUAGCUGCGCCCUCCCUCCUUGGGCUAUACAGGCAACGCUGUCACUGGUUGGAGGAGACAGCAGCAGCUGCAAUACAGCAGCAGCGCCUUCAGAAUAUGGAAAGGAAAUCAGAAAAAGGAGAGGUGAUCAGCCAAUUCCUUUGAUCAUUGGCGGUGCCUCUUCUAUCACAGCCCGGAUACUCUCCAGAAUCCUGGGGCCACUCUCUAUGAGCUACACGGCCAGCUGCCCAUGUCUAAGCGACAGGCGCCAGUUUCCUAACUUCUUCAGAACGAUGGCCAGCGAUAUUUACCAGGCCCGGGCUGUUGCCCAGCUGGCAAUACGUUUCAAUUGGACAUGGAUUGGAGCUGUGAUAGCAAACAACAAUUAUGGACACAUGGCAGUAAAGGUAUUCCAGGAGGAGAUUCAGGGAGCAAGCGUGUGUCUGGCAUUUGUAGAGACUCUCCAAAGGGAAAAUAUUGUGAGUGAUGCCAGACGAGCAGCUCUCACAAUUAAGGCCUCGACAGCAAAAGUGAUUUUGAUCUUCACCUGGUAUACAGAUGUGAGAGAGCUGUUUCUGCAACUUGACAAACUAAAUGUGACUGACCGACAGUUUCUGGCCAGUGAGGCUUGGAGCACCAGCGGUGAUCUUCUCCAAAAUCUUGUUUCAAGCAAAGUGGCAAAGGGAGUUCUUGGUGUUGCAAUUAGAAGUUCAGCCGUACCUGGAUUUGAACAUUUUCUCAGAAAUUUGAACCCAUCUCAUCGUCCCAAUGAUGAGUUCUUAAGAGAGUUUUGGCAAAAGGAGUUUGGCUGUAGUUCUGGGAUUGCACCUCUGUCUUCAUUUAGUGUAAACAGGCUGCUUCAAAAGGUUUCUCUUCCGCCCUGUAAUGGCACAGAAACCCUGGACGGUGUGCAGAAUCUCUUUACUGACACCUCCCAGCUACGGGUGACAUAUAAUGUGUACCUUGCUGUUUAUGCUGCAGCUCACGCCCUACACAGCCUCCUCUCCUGCAGCGUCUCCACCUGCAUCUUUCCAAAAAACAUCAAACCCAUAGAGCUUUUGCAGCACCUGAACAAAGUGAACUUCACCACACCACAGGGUGAACUGUUUUAUUUCCAAGGGGCUGACAUUCCUGCGAAGUACGACCUUGUCAAUUGGCAGAUAACCUCUGAGGGGACACUCAAACUGGUUAUAAUUGGCCGUGUGGAUGGGUUUGACUUCCACCUUAAUGAGUCAGCUAUUCAGUGGAGCUCCGGAUCCAAUCAGGUACCUGUUUCAGUGUGCAGUGAAAGAUGUCCCCCAGGUACUCGGAUGGCAAAUAGGAAAGGGGAACCUGUCUGCUGUUUUGACUGCAUCCCGUGUGCUGAUGGGGAGAUCAGCAACACGACUGGUUCUCUUCACUGUGAGCAAUGUCCAUCUGAGUUCUGGUCCAAUGCUGAACGAACUGCCUGCAUCCCUCGCCAGCUGGACUUCCUUUCCUUUAAUGAAACUCUGGGCAUCACCCUCACCGCGGUAGCUGUUUCGGGCGCCACAGUGACAACAGCUGUGUUUGUGGUGUUCCUUCACCACCGUCAAACACCUGUGGUACGAGCCAACAACUCAGAGCUGAGCUUCCUGCUUCUUCUGUCGCUGAAGCUCUGCUUCCUGUGCUCACUGGUGUUCAUUGGUCGUCCAGCAGUCUGGUCUUGUCGGUUCCAGCAGGCGGCCUUUGGGAUCAGCUUUGUACUCUGUGUUUCCUGCCUCCAAGUCAAGACCAUAGUGGUUCUGGCAGCGUUCCGCUCAGCUCGACCCGGUGCUGAAGCCUUGAUGAAAUGGUUCGGUCCAGCCCAACAGAGAGGAAGUGUCUGCCUCUUUACCUGUGUACAGAUCAUUGUCUGUAUCAUUUGGCUGUCACUCAGCCCCCCGGUGCCUCAGCCUGACCUGGAUGUCCCGGGGUUAAAGGUCACCCUGAAGUGUGCCAUGGCCUCUGUGGUGGGUUUCUCUCUGGUUCUGGGCUACAUCGGUCUGCUGGCCUGCACCAGUCUCCUCUUGGCCUUUCUUGCCAGGAAACUCCCGGACAAUUUCAACGAGGCCAAACUCAUCACUUUCAGCAUGCUGAUUUUCUGUGCUGUUUGGGUGGCUUUUGUUCCUGCCUAUGUUAGUUCUCCCGGAAAAUACGCCGUUGCCGUAGAGAUUUUUGCCAUCCUUGCUUCGAGCUAUGGUUUGCUUUUCUGUAUCUUUGCUCCAAAGUGUUUUAUCAUUCUUUUGAGGCCUGAGAAAAACACGAAGAAACACAUGAUGGCCAGAUAG